AUGGAGCACACUAAUCAACCUGAGGAGCAUCUCCAGGAUAAAGAAAAGGCAAAUGAGAAGAUAGAUGGCACUAAAGAGGACCCACAAAAGAAAACACUGAGCCACUCUGAAGAAGAAUUUAAGUGGUCAGUCCUUCCAGACGUUUGUCUUCGUCAGGUUUUUUGGUGGCUGCAAGAUGCAGACCGAGCUCAGGCAGCACUUGUUUGCCAUCACUGGCAUCAUGUCGUUCGAUCCCCAUCUCUGUGGCGCAAGAGAACAUUUAAUUUUUCAGGCCACCUACCAUGGUCACACCACUCUGAGCUGGAAAAUGGCAUUAAAUAUGUACAAUCCUAUGGCAGCUACCUGGAAAAUCUAGAGGUACAUUUCAUCCAUCCUCUCAACACUUAUGUCACUAGACGUUUCCAGCAGAUCAUGAGGACUUUCCUGGCUGCUCUACGUAAAUCCGGUGCUUGUCUGCGUUCCCUUACCAUCUACUCCAUGCACCUGAAUCGACCAGCUUAUUGCAACAGUGUCCGUAAUGCCCUCGUGCGUAGCUUGGCCUUCUAUCUGCGACGUGGAGGUUCUCAGCUGAACUCUCUUAACCUCACAGGAGCACGUUUUAACCUUCCUCAUGGUAUACAGAUCCUGGAGGCUGUUGCUGCCACUCAGCACUAUGAUCGCAUUGGACGGCUCUCAGGUUUGGCCACCCUUAAUCUAAAAGAUUUCUUCACACAGUCCCUGGAUGUCUACAGCACACAACACUUUGCAAGAGUCCUUCAAAGGUUUCAAGGUCUCAGCAACCUUACACUUAACUACAGCUGCAUUUCAAAUGAACUGCUGCAAGCCUUGGCUUUCUGCUGUACUGGGCUGAAUGGGGUUGGUGGACUGUGCAACCUUAGUGUCUACUGCCAUGCAAAUGAGCCACACUUCCAGAUGAUCAGAGGAGAUGCCUGGGCCCUCCUGGCACAGAAAUGCCCCAAUUUAAGAGUGCAGAUUACUGUGGAAGGCAUCUUAGCCAUCGAGCAGCUCUGUAACAUUCUGCUCAAGGAAAUUCCUCUGAAUGAUCUAACACUCAGCAGCUUGUAUUUGACUCAGUUAAACUGGACCAUCAAACCAGCACUUUCAAACCUGCUGCCCUGGUACAGGACCCAUCUGCAGAAACUCACUCUGGACAUCCAGAACAACAAUGAGAGCAUGGAAGAAGAGUUGCUGGAACUUGUUACAGUUUGUAGCAAGCUUACCUACCUGAACGUCAGGGCCUUCCUAAGUAUCAGCUUUCUGGAGACACUCCUGCAGAAACGUCUGGAGAGAAAAUGCUCUCUUCAGACCAUAAAAGUGCGACUCUACAUCAGAAGACAUGAGACACAUGAGGCGAAUGCGAUGCUACAGGAGGUGUUCUCUCGCUACAAGCAGCUCAUUGACUCCGAGCUCACCUACUAUGCCAUACCUUAUCCCAUCCCCUAAUGCCAGACUGGCACACUGUACCUGAGAUAUUCUAACAUGCAGUACAAAUGAUAUUAAAUCACUACUAUGCAAGAA